GAGCUACUAAUAACAUUGCCUUCUUGGAGUAAUAUUGUUUUAAAAAAAGGAGUUCCAUGAUCUGUAUUACUAGCUUCGUCAUGGAAGGAAUGGAUGGCUACUUGCCAAAUAUAAUCCAGGAUGAUUACCAUGCCUAAUCAGAUGCCUGCUCAUUGUCAGCUUGCGUGUGUACAUGGGACAAAGUCAGUUUUUAUCAGACAAAGCUUCAGCGCACACGGAGAUUGGGCGAAACAGCACGCCCCCCCUAUGCUGGCCACGCCUCUCCGCAGCCUCGAGCCUCACCUCUGGACCGCUGGUGACGACAAAGGCAAAAACGAGGAUCGUGAUGAGCAUUGCGCCGGCACGGUGAAGAGGUACAAAGCAAGGAGCUGGCGGCGGCUCCAUCAUGCGCCGACGAAGCCUGCCAGGAGGAUGAGACCGCCCAGGAUGGACGGGCCACACGCGCGUAAGCGAACCAGAUCCCCGAGGCUUACGGGGACGGCGCACAUGCCAGUGUCCGGCUUCCUUCAUGGAUGAUGGAUGAUGUGAUGUUGAAUGCGAGGCGAAGAUACAACCUGAGGUACAGGAGCU